UGAAGGUAUAGACAAGUUAAUGGCAAACUGAUAAUUUUUGAAGCUUACUGGCGGUUGGUGGCUUUGAAGCGAAUAGGACCCACUUUUGUACAAUAAUACCAGUUUUUAAUCUCGGGUUACGAUAACAGUUAAAUUUUCAAAAUGUUUCAAAACAGUUUCAGAACUUCACCGGUCCAAUCCCACUAGUCUUCAUGCCCUCUUCAUUUAAAUUACUUUCAGGUUUUGCGGAAACUUUUCUAGACAGACACUAAAUAAUUCGUCAGAAAGUGGAAAGUAUUCUUAAUUAGGGUAAGAUGCAAAUGUGCAAUUUCCAUUAGUGGGAAUCUAUUAUCAUUAGCUGUUAUCUAUUUCCUAAUGAUAAUAUGACUCAUCGCUAGCGCUAAACAUUCAAAUUCAAUUAAUUUUGCAACUAAUAUUGCAUAGAGUCAAUAUAACCUCAGAACUUAUCAAAGAACAAUUCGCAAUAAGUUUCCGUAGAAGGAGAAAUCCACCGUCGCAUAAGCCCAGCACUUCUUGCACCGGUAAACAGUCGAGUGCAGCACCGCGGUACUUACAAAGUGUCCAGUUGUUUAGUGCAAGAGUAUUUUUUUCAGUGAUUUUCAGAUUGAAAAUGGCGAAAUUGCUCGUUCUAUUCAGUUUUUGUAUGCUGGGAAUGGCGGUCGGCAUGCCUGCAAACAAUGACCAGCUGGAUAAGAAACGUCGGGACAGUGGCGAAUAUGUAGCGACCACAAGGUCGGGUCAGAGUUACUUUAAAGAAUACGUGGACAACAUGACGUACCAACAACGUAACUCAAGUGCUACCGUAAAUGACGUGGCCAUCAACACAGUUUCGGAAGAUCGAAAAGGCGAAACUGGUCAGCAUCAGUUCAACCAGUUGGUGCCAAGUACCGUGGAAAUAUCUGGAAUUUCCACUGGCGUAAAUCCGGCGCCUGCUAAUCCUGCAACUCCCCAGGACAAUGGCGGUUUCCGGCCGCAAAGAGCCGGCUCAAUGUUCGCUAGAAUUAUAGACGACAUCUUCCAGAUUCCCAUAACUGUGCUACAAAAUGUGGCGCGACUCAUUACUAAUCCCUUUGCCCAAGCUAGAAAAGAAGCUGCCCAAGCCGCCUAAUAAUCCAGAAGCUGAAAGUAAAAAUGGUGAAUAUGAAUUCGGACUAACGCGAGUCUAUAAAUUAUAGACGAAGUUGUGGAAUAUUUGACGAACGUUGUAUAUACAUAGUGCCUGUUUAAACUUUAGCAUUUAUUACGUGUAGGUUCUUAGAUUUAGGCUCUGAUUCUACCCGAAUCAAGUUAAGUUGUUUUUAUGUGCGUCAAGGGCUGUUGUUGAAAAUAAAUCCUAUUUUCAUA